GAACUCCUCAGCCUCUCUAGCUUUGCUGGCCUUCAGUGAGGCGGACAUAAAAUUCCCUGCUCUUUCGAAAUUUGAACAUAUCUUGCAUCCAAGUUAGCUAUUGUCACGUCUCCAAAAUAUAGAGAUUCCUGAACAGCAUCCCCUCGCGCCGGUGACAUCCCUUACGAUCAAUUCCAUUUGGCGAUUUCAUUCAUUUCAUCGCUAUUCGAUCUAUUCAGCAUCCUUACCGUCGCAAGCGGCAUCAUGGCGCAGCUCACCCCACGGCAGAAAGCCGCAGCCGGCGCGCUCUUCACAUUCGCGCUCGCGGAUUCCCUCAGCCAGCGAUCGCACGCUUUCGCACAGCCGUUCGCAGACCUCCCGCCAGCCGUAGUAGGAAGGGGCGCUGGGAACGGCGAGGGGAGAACUGCAUCGGACGGCGGGCAGCGCGCGAGCGUGUGGGAGGAGGAUCCGAGCGCGAUACGCGUGUGUCAGCACGUGCUGAAGUGUUUGAGUCUCUCGGAGGCCAAUGCUCGCGCGUGUUGUCAGAUGGCCAGCGCAGGGCCGUCCUUAAAGCCCCACAUUGAAAAGUUCCUGGGCGUGCUGGUGCAGGAGAGUGCGUCGCUGCCCCCAGGGGAGAGGGAGAGGGUGGCGGCAGUGGCAGAGUGUGUUCGCGCUCAGGCUUCAAAGCUGCAGCAGCAGGCGCGCGGGCGGAGGGAGAGGGAGCGGAGGGAGGUGAGGGCAGCAUGGCAGGGGGAGCGCAGGCGCAUGCAUGAGGCAGCUGCAGCAGCAGGGGGCGGCCCCCCUGCGCAUGGGGGGGGAGGUCAGGGGGAGACAGGGGGGGGAGUAGGCGCAGGGGUAGGUGGUGCGGGUGGUGUUGGUGCUGGUGGGGUGGAGAAGGGGGUUCAGCAGAUGCGGCUGGAUGGACGAGGAGGAGGAGGUAAGAAGGUGGAUGACUGGACCUCUGGGUGGGGCUUGGAGGAUGGUUGGGACGAGAAGGAGAAGGUAACUGGAGGGGCAAGUGGCCUGGGCCAUGGGGCAACGGCUUCUGGUGCCGGUGCUGCUGGCGCUGGUGCUGGUGCUGGUAGGGUUGGUGGGACUGGUGGGGUUGGGAAUACAGUAAGAUUAGAACAGCAGUUUAUUGAGGACAAGGGGAGGGAGGAGAGAGAGAAGGAGAAGGAGAAGGAGAGGGAGAAGGAGAGGGAGAAGGAGAGGGAGAAGGAGAAGGAGAGGGAGAAGGAGAGGGAGAAGGAGAAGGAGAGGGAGAAGGAAAGGGAGAUGGAAAGGGAAAGGGAGAUGGAGAGGGAGAGGGUAAGAGCAAGGGAGGCUGAGGAGCAGAGAGAGCGGGAGCUCGAGCUAGAAAUGGAACGAGAGAGAGAACGCUUGGCAAGAGAGAGAGAGAAGCAGAGACAGGCUGCAACAAAGAGCGGGGCAUGGGAGGAGGAGGAGACGUAUGGGGUGAGAGGGGGCAGUAGGGCCGGUAUGGGAGCAGCAGCCCACCCCUCCCCUUUUUCCGGAGGAGGGUUUUUCAAUGCGGACGAGGAGGAGGACGACGACGAGGGGGAGGAGGAAGAGGAUGAGGAGGAGGGUAGUGGGUGGGGCCAGAAUGAGGGGGCUGGUAACAGUGGUGGGCUUGGUGAUAAUGGUGGUGUUGAUCAUGAUGAUAACGAGGAUAAGGACGAAGAGACUGAGGAUGCGACACAGAAGGUGGUGGCGGGCCAUGACAAUAACGAAAGGGAUGCAGAAAAUGUUGGAGGGAAAACAGCAGCUGAUGGGGGGAGUGGUGAGAUGAGUGGGCGGGGUGGUGAUGUUGCUGCUGAUGCCGUUGCUGCGGCUGCGGCUGCGGCUGCGGCUGCUGCUAGUGCACUUGCUGCCACUGCUGGUGCCUCUUCUGCUUCGGAACCUGAUUCCGCCUCUGCUGCGUCAAAGGUAGGCGAGGUGAGAGAGCAAGGGGAGACAGGGCCAGCAAAAGCAGCGGAGACUGCCGUCUCAGAAGCUGCGGACUCACUAGGUGGAGAAGGGCCCAUGGCAGCUGAAUCCACAGGAGCAGAAUUACCGGUAUCGUUCGGACCAUUGCACACAGCAGCAGCACCGGCAUCAUCCGCACCACCACCACCAGCCGCAGCAGCAGCAGCGGAAGUCUCAACAGGGGUGGCAGCAGACACCGGGGGGGCAUUGGAUAUCCCGGGGUGGAGUAUGGGAUGCCCUCUCGAACUGACACCACAAUCAACUGCACCAAAUGCGCCAACUGCUUCGACUGCACCAAGUGCACCAAGUGCACCCAAACCAGCUGUUCCCCCAGCCCGCCAGCCAGUGCCGUUCGCAGCAGCAGUGGCGGGUAUUCCCGAGGACGUGCGCAUUGCAGUGCUGUGGGAGCUGCUCGCCGCGUUCAUGUCUGACGAACGCACCGCAGGGAGAGGUGGUGCGGCUGGUGCUGGUGCUGGUGCUGGUGCUGGUGCUGCAGGGGAUGCAACGGUGCAGGGCGUGCAGGCGGGCGGGUACGAUUCUCGCGAGCGCACAGCGCUCAGGCACCUGGCCCUCUGGCUGCAGCUCGACUGGUCCAUGGUGGCUGCCAUGGAGCGCAUGCUAGCAACAGCAGCCUACAACGCGCAGGUGCAGAUCGACCAGGCAGCAGCCGCAGCGGCAGCAGAGAAAGCCAAGGCGGCACAGGCGAGCAGCAGCAAGUGGGGCGGGUGGGGGAGAGCCAUGAGCAUAGGCGCAGCAGCAGUGGGCACAGGGGCGCUGCUGGCAGUUACCGGGGGCCUUGCUGCGCCUGUUCUGCUGGCGGGGAUGUCAGCUGCUGGGUCGGUGAUUCCCGUGGCUGGGGGGAUUCUCACUGGGGCUGCUGCGCUUGCUGGGACCACUGUGGGCUCGGCGGCUAUGAUUGGCGCCUUUGGCGCCGCGGGCGCGCGCAUGGGCAGCUACAAGAUGGGGCGGCGCCUGGGCGACGUGGACGAGUUCCGGUUUGUGCCGCUCGCCAGCGCCGAUGCCGUCAGAGCCAUGGGCGCAGGGGGGCGACGAGGGGGAGGGGGAGGAGGGGGAUGGGGACGUGGGGGGUCGGCAGAGCCGUGGGGGAAACCAGCAUCGUCUGGUGCUGCUGGCGCUGGUGGUGGUGGAAGUGGUGGUGGUGUUGGUGAUGAGGACGGUGUUGGGAAGCUAUCGGUGGCAGUGGUGGCAUCAGGCUACGUGCUCAACACCAAGGAUUUUGUGGAGCCAUGGCUGUCUCUACCAACCGACACCGAGCAAUUCGCGGUGGUGUGGCAGUCAGCGGACCUCAUCACAUCAAGCAGAGCCAUCCAUGACUGGCUCAUGUCCACUGCGGUGCAGCGGUCUGUGGCAACAGGGGGGGCCAUGGUGGCGGUGCAGGUGUUGGGGGCGGCUGCUGCUUGGCCGAUCACUCUGCUCACGGCUGCUGCUUCUAUAGAUGACAAAUGGAGCGUGGCUGUAAACAGGACGGACAAGGCAGGAGCCGUGCUGGCAGAUGUGCUGUUGGAGAGAACACAGGGAUCCAGGCCAGUGACACUGAUCGGUUUCACUAUGGGAGCUCGGCUCAUCUUCUCCUGCCUCACUCACCUUGCUGCUAAAGGCCAUGCCGCCAUGGGGGUGGUUGAGCGGGCAGUGCUAUUGGGUGCGCCGGUGGCAGCACGAGACAGCAAGGCAUGGGGGGCAGCACGACGGGUUGUGUCGGGCCGGUUGGUGAACGGGUACUGUGAGAACGACUGGGCGCUGGGGCUCAUGUACCGCACCAGUUUCCUGCUGUCAGGAGUCGCAGGCAUUCAGGCAGUCAACGUCAAGGGGGUUGAAAAUGUGGAUCUCACGCCUCUGGUGGACGGCCACACGAGCUACCUGUCAGGAAUACCGGCCAUUCUGGAUGCAUUGAACAUCGACUCGCCCCUCGCUGCCACGCCCACCGACGUGCUGCGAGCUGCCAGGGAGUGGAAGGAGGACAACGAGAGCCUCAUCUGACUGUGAUUCGCGUCUGAUUGAAUAUCUAUAUAUCUCUGUUACUGUUGUAGAGCUUCGUUCGAGCUUGCUUUGCUGUCUUCUCUAACACAUCCCACGCGUAACCAUUCCACGACUGGUGUAACAACGACCGGCAUUAUUUCCAGCUGUACUGCUCUGUUGUUAUCCCGUUUUCCGUCAAGUACUCUCUUAUUAACCCUGUAACAAGCAACGACGAGGGGAUGUCUGUAGCGGAUGUUGUGGGUGGUGG